GCCAUCACUUUGACUCUUUUUUAACAGACACAACAAGAGAAACAAGAUUGUAAUGGGGAGCAUCGAUGCCACAGAGUUGUGUUCAGAGAAGAAACCAAACCCAGGGAAAGCGACCAUUCUUUCUAUCGGUAAAGCCUUUCCUCACCAGCUAGUGAUGCAAGAGUACUUGGUCGAUGGCUACUUCAAAACCACCAACUGUGACGACCCCGAACUCAAACAGAAGCUUACUCGCCUCUGCAAGACAACGACGGUGAAAACAAGGUACGUUGUAAUGUCAGAGGAGAUACUAACAAAGUAUCCAGAACUCGCCAUCGAAGGAGGAUCCACCGUGACGCAGCGUCUGGACAUAUGCAACGACGCUGUAACUGAAAUGGCAGUGGAAGCUUCAAGAUCGUGCAUCAAGAACUGGGGCCACUCUGUUUCCGACAUAACUCACCUUGUCUAUGUCUCUUCAAGCGAAGCUCGUCUCCCUGGUGGUGACCUGUUCUUAGCCAAAGGGCUUGGUCUCAGCCCCGAGACGCACCGUGUUCUGCUCUACUUCGUCGGCUGCUCUGGAGGCGUUGCGGGUCUCCGUGUAGCCAAAGACAUAGCCGAGAACAAUCCGGGUAGUAGAGUCUUGCUUGCCACGUCAGAGACGACCAUCAUUGGUUUCAAACCUCCCAGUAAAGAUAGACCGUAUGAUCUUGUUGGGGUCGCUUUAUUUGGUGAUGGAGCCGGAGCUAUGAUCAUCGGGUCUGAUCCGGACCCGGUUAGUGAGAAACCACUCUUUGAGCUUCACACCGCAAUUCAAAAUUUCCUGCCAGACACGGAGAAGACGAUAGAUGGGAGGCUAACAGAAGCAGGGAUAAACUUCACGCUGUCAAGAGAGCUUCCACAGAUAAUAGAAGACAAUGUGGAGAGUUUCUGCAAGAAGUUGAUAGGAAAAGCAGGACUGGCUAAUAAAGACUAUAACCAGAUGUUUUGGGCGGUUCAUCCAGGUGGACCAGCCAUAUUGAACCGAAUGGAGAAGCGGCUUAACCUGUCGCCGGAGAAGCUGAGUCCAAGCAGAAGAGCUCUCAUGGACUAUGGCAACGCAAGUAGCAACUCGAUUGUUUAUGUGUUGGAGUAUAUGUUGGAGGAGAGCAGGAAAGCAAGGAACAUGAGUGGAAGUGAAAAUGAGUGGGGUCUGAUUCUGGCUUUUGGACCUGGUGUUACAUUUGAAGGCAUCGUUGCAAGGAACCUUGAUGUUUGAGCUAAAAGUGGGGGUUUUGGUUGUACCUUGAGACUCAAGAAACAAUCAACUGUUGCUCUAUAGUUAUUUCAAGUUUUCAACAGAGAUAAAUGCAUAUAAUAAGAUAUGAAGAAUCUAAAAGAAAUGAAUUUUAUUUACGAUGCUUAAA